AUGGCCGAGAUGAGUAGUAGAGGACAAGAGAUUGCAAUCGUUGGCACCGGCUGCCGACUCCCUGGCGACGUAACUAAUCCAUCCAAAUUAUGGGAUCUCAUACGAAGUCCGCGUCAACUUGCUGAGCCCAUCCCGCCAGAUCGAUUCAGUUUGCCAGGAUUUUACCAUCAGAAUGGGCAAUAUCAUGGCCAUGAAAAUGUCAAAGAAGCAUAUUUCUUGGCUGGCGAUGGGGUCUACCGACGAUUUGACUGCUCUUUCUUCGGCAUUAGUCCCGCCGAGGCAAACACGUUAGAUCCCCAGUCACGACUGCUUCUAGAAACAGUAUACGAAGCUCUGGAAUAUGCAGGAAUUACGGUAGAAGAAUUGCGAGGUUCUAAUACGGCUGUAUUUGCUGGUCAGAUGGUAGCCGAUUAUGAACAAGUCAUGCUACGGGACACUGAGUUCAUGGCAACGUAUCAUGCUACUGGGACUUCAAGGGCACUUUUGGCCAACAGGGUAUCCUACUUCUUUGAUUGGCAUGGCCCGUCUAUGACGAUUGAUACGGCAUGCAGUUCUAGCCUGGUUGCUGUCCACGAGGCCGUUCAACAACUACGUUCCGGAAACUCUCGAGUAGCUAUAGCCGCGGGUGCAAAUCUGAUCUUUGAUCCGCAGUGCUUUAUCGCUGAGAGCACACUUCAUAUGCUAUCCCCUGAUGGUCGCUCUCGCAUGUGGGAUACAGGGGCCAAUGGAUACGCCCGCGGCGAGGGCAUUGCAGCCGUAGUGCUAAAAACCCUAGAUGAUGCUUUAAGAGAUGGUGAUCACAUUGAGUGCAUCAUCCGAGAAACAGGGGUGAACCAAGACGGUAGAACACCUGGGAUAACAAUGCCGAACGCAGCCGCUCAGGCGCAGCUCAUUCGAGAAUGCUACACGCGCUCCGGCCUAAAUCCGUUCAACCCUGAUCAACGGCCUCAAUACUUCGAAGCUCAUGGAACUGGGACGCCUGCUGGCGAUCCAAUUGAGGCCGAAGCCAUUAGCUCGGCUUUUUGGCCACCAGAAGCGGGCACAAUUGAUAAUUCAGGGCGACUCUUAGUGGGUAGCAUCAAGACAGUUGUUGGUCACACCGAAGGAACCGCUGGUCUUGCUGGAAUUCUGAAGGCUUCUUUAGCGUUGCAAAACUCUAUCAUCCCACCGAACCUCCUGUUCGAGAGACUUAACCCUAAAAUUAUGCCAUUUUAUACGCAUCUAGAGGUUCCAACGACCGCAUCAACGUGGCCAGCAGUCUGUCAAGGGAAUCCUCGUCGGGCCAGUGUAAACAGUUUCGGGUUUGGUGGUACUAAUGCCCAUGCCAUUCUUGAAAGCUAUGAACCAGACCAAUCGCGUGGAACAUAUAAAGGGCCAGUUGCUGUACCAUUUGUCUUCUCAGCCGCCUCAGAAACAUCACUGCGCAUAUACUUGACUGACUUUUGUAACUACGUGGCAAAAAAUGCAGCCCACCUCAAUCUCUACGACCUUGCCUUCACUCUUCAUAGUCGGCGGACUCGCUUGGAUGUGGCUAUAUCAGUCACUGCUUCGACCACUGACGAUUUAAUAGCCCAGUUGAAUGAGAAGCUUCAAGUCGCACAGGCAAAUUCGGAGCAAACGAUCGGAAUUAGAAGUUCUUAUCGAAAUCUGGAUGCUAACCGACCCUCUAUUCUCGGCAUAUUUACUGGCCAAGGUGCUCAGUGGGCACAAAUGGGAUACGACUUAAUUACAGCCUCUUCUUUUGCAAGACGUAUCGUGACAACCCUCGAGGAAAGACUUAGCCGUUUACCUAUCCGUGACCGACCGUCAUGGUCGCUGUUGCAAGAACUCCAGAAGGAUCAACACACAUCUCGUAUCAACGAGCCAUCUAUUUCGCAACCAUUAUGCACUGCUAUCCAGAUUCUCCAGGUUGAACUUAUGCGUGCGGCAGGGGUAAAAUUCACUGCAGUCGUUGGCCACUCAUCUGGAGAGAUUGCUGCUGCUUAUGCAGCAGGGCUCAUCUCAUCGGAAAAUGCAAUCUGCAUCGCAUAUUAUCGUGGCCUGCACGCCCAGUUAGCACCGCUAGGAGCGAUGAUGGCGGUUGGUACUUCUACAGAGGACGCACAAGAGCUUUGCGAUGCCCCCGAGUUCCAGAAUCGUGCGUGUAUUGCGGCAGUCAACUCAGCAACUAGCGUCACAGUCGCUGGCGAACAAGAUGCCAUUGAAGAGCUCAAAAUAAUAUUCGAAGACGAAGGGAAAUUUGUUAGAACGCUCAAAGUAAACAAGGCAUAUCAUACUGAUCAUAUGCGAUUCUGUUCGAGCGCAUAUCUGAACUCUCUUGAAGAAUUGAAUAUCGAGAUCCGUCCGUGUAACCAGACAUUAUGGUACUCCAGCGUCCACGGCAGCAUUGUUGACGACUUGGAACUCCUCAAAGGUCGAUAUUGGGACCAGAAUAUGGUCCAGCCCGUACUUUUCAUGAAAGCAAUUGAAAAUGCGCACGCUUCUCAUGGCCCGUUCGACCUUGCGAUCGAAAUUGGACCCCAUCCAGCACUUAAAGGAGCCGCCUUGGAGACUAUUGGAGAUGCGUCCGAUCAGACCAUUCCAUACACAGGAGUAUUUAGCCGCAACAAAUCUUCUAUGGAAUCUAUCGCGAUUAGUCUGGGUCAUGUCUGGACUCACUUGGGAAAAGACUCAGUCAACCUGCAAGCAUAUAACAAGGCCAUCUCCGGAUCAAGUUGUAAACUGAUAAAAGGCCUUCCAGCAUACGCAUGGAAUCAUGACAAGGAAUAUUGGCAUGAGUCUCGAUAUGCACGAGCUAUACGUUUACGUCCAGGACCUGUUCACGAGCUUCUAGGUCAUGUUACACCUAAUAGCACUAAGGAGGACAUUCAGUGGCGCCAUAUUUUACGUCCCACCGAGAUCCCUUGGCUGUUCGGCCAUAAAUUACAAGGUCAAAUAGUUUUUCCCGCUGCAGCAUAUAUCGUGCUGGCUAUGGAGGCUUCGGUCGCAUUAUGUGAAGGAAUUCCAGCUACUCUUAUUGAAGUGAUGAAUGUGGAUAUUGGUCGCGCUCUGACUUUUGAUGAUGACGACUCUAGUGUAGAAGCCAUAUUUUCAGUGACGGACAUCUCACGGCAGCAAAAGCCGACUCCCAUCAUCUACGCGAAUUUCAAAUACUCUGUAUCAAGCAAGGGAGAUUCACUCGGAAUUGUUGCUCGUGGGAAUUUACGAAUCAGACUCAGCAGCCAGCACACUGAUGAUGUCCUUCCGGUUAGACGGCCGCGCCCCCCUAACCUUCUCAAAGUCCGUGCGAGCGACUUUUAUUCCUCACUUCAAGAACUUGAAUAUGACUACUCCGGACCAUUCGCGGCACUGGACCAGAUUGAAAGAAAACUUGGGGCGGUGACUGGCUAUAUUUCCAAUCUCGAGCCAUCCAAAUUGUUGAUACAUCCUGCUAUAUUAGAUGUGGCAUUUCAGACAGCCCUUCUCACCCAUUCGGCCCCCGGCGAUGGUGCACUCUGGUCACUACACGUUCCCCGGCGGGUGAGUGUUGUGAGUGUGAACCCAAAUCUCUGUUUGGCAGAGUUAACCAAGGGCGACGCACUCCCUUUCGAUUCGACUCGUCUGCAAAACACAGGCAAAGGUGUUGUUAGCGCCGACAUCAGCAUCUAUCCAAGAGACACAAAUCACGCUAUGAUUCAGAUCGAGGGACUUGAAUGUACCCCUUUUGCAGAGGCAACAAGCAAGGAUGAUAAAGAGCUGUUUUCUACUGUAGUUUGGGACGUUUUAAACCCGGACGUCCAGUUAGCAGCCCCCGAUAUCUCCAGCAAGGUUAAACAGCUUGACUUAGUUGGCCUCCUUGAACGUAUAGCUGGGUUUUACCUGCGCAUUUUAGAUAGGGGCGUCCCAGAGAGCCAUUCCGCAAGAAUGGGUGGGCCCUAUAGGCCGUUGUUCCAUUUUGCGGCACAUGUCAUUGCUCAAUCCCAAUCUGGAGAACUCCAGCAAUGGCAACCUGAAUGGGAACAGGAUACAUACGAGCAGAUAGUUACAGCGUGUAAACCCUACGAAGACUUAAUAGAUGUGAGGCUUCUCCAUGCGGUUGGUCGGAACAUCCUUCAAAUAGCACAAGGUGAAGAAUCGGCAUUCGAAAUCGCCAUGAAAGACAACCUCCUAGGCCAAUAUUAUGAGAAAGGCGAAGCAUCGGGAACUUACCAUCGCAUACUAGCCCGAACAGUAAAACAGAUCGCCCACCGGUAUCCUCGUAUGGAUAUCAUGGAAAUAGGCGCUGGAACGGGGGCGUGCACACAAGCCAUAUUUCGCGAAGUCGGGAGUUUAUUUUCAUCUUAUACCUUCACCGAUAUCUCGACUGGAUUAUUCACCUUAACGCAAACAUGGCCUAGCACGUAUCUCAACAAGAUGAUACUCAAACCUUUCGACGUCACUCAAGACCCUUGCGCACAAGGCUUUGCGGAGCACUCAUUUGAUCUCGUCGUAGCGUCCAACGUUCUACAUGCCACCCCAUGUCUAGAACAGACAUUACGAAAUGUCCGACGCUUACUGAAGCCUGGUGGAUCUCUAAUUAUGGUAGAGAUGAUCCCCCCACACCCAUCUUUCUUCGGGCUUAUGUUUGGCGUCUUCCCAGGCUGGUGGCUUGGUCAUGGUGAAGGACGCACAUUCUCCCCAGGCCUUCGCUUAGACGAAUGGGACCAUUUACUUCGCGCCACGGGCUUCUCGGGGUGUGAUAGUACUACCCCGGGAUCUGAUAACCCUUUGAUGCCCUUGGAGGUAAUCGUUUCGCAAGCCACUGAUGACAAAAUUGCUUUUCUUCGAAGCCCUCUUUUGGACGGACCCCAACCAUCCGAUUCCAGGGUGAUCGAAGAUCUCCUUGUACUUGGCGGAAAUGGCGUUCAAACAGCGGGUCUAAUGACUCGAAUCAAGCCACAACUAUCCAGGUACUGCGGCAGGCUGAGAACAAUACGCUCAUUAUCCGAUCUUGCUACUUGUAGGAUUGAAUCUUCGACAACAAUUCUAAGCCUAAUAGAUCUAGAUAUAGCAGUAUUCCAAGACCUGGACAGUUCUAAAUGGGAAGCGAUAAAAGGAUUGCUUGUAGAUGUUGGUGCACUUGUUUGGAUCACAGUUGGCCGUUUGGCAGACAAUCCCUACGCAAAUAUGAUGGUUGGCCUGGUCCGUUCCGCCGUGCGCGAAAUUCCCACUCUUGAUUACUGCUUUCUAGAUUUCGAAGAUGAAAGACAAAUCGAUGAAAAAAUCAUAGCAGAGUCAGUGCUGCGACACCAAGCAGCAACCCGUUGGCGCAAGCAAGACAAUAUCCACUUCACCGCCGAGACUGAGCUAGUAAUCGACGCAAGAGGAAAGACGUUAAUCCCUCGUCUGGUAAAUAAUAGAGAGAUGAAUGAUCGAUAUAACUCGUCGCGGCGUACAAUAUUGACGCAACUGCCACGGUAUAAUCGCAACAUGUGCAUUGAAGCAGAUGGCCAAGGCUGGAAUAUCGCCAACAUUCCAAUGCCCGGUCAAACUACUGAGAUACCUCGGAUUCAUGUUGAGUAUUCACUCUUAUCUCCCAUCCGAGUUGCCCAACACGGCUGCAUGUUUGUGGUACUCGGGGAAGACAGUGUUUCCGGACACCAAGUAGUAGCUCUGUCCACUAUGAACGCAUCAACGAUUCUUCCUUUUGCCGGAUUUUCCAUACCCGUUCAAAUCGAAAAGGGCUCUGGUUCGGGAUUUCUAAAAUUAGUCGUGCAUUACAUUCUAGCGUCUUUCAUCCUUGAAGGCCUAUCUGAAGGAGACAAAAUUGUCGUCCAUGAACCUGACCCCUAUUUCGCGGAAGUCCUCUCAAGUGAAGCGACUUCUCUCGGAGUAGAAACUACAUUCACUACACAUAUAAGUAGUACUGAUCCCUUGAGACAUGACUGGUUGCAAAUACAUAAAAACGCUUCAGAAAGCUCUCUAUUCCCAGUGUUCCCUAACAACAUCUCUACGUUCGUCGAUUUUGCUGCGGAAAAAGAAGUCGAGUCCGUGAUCUCCCACAUCUGUUCCCAAAUAUCACCUUAUUGCCGACUUGAGACCCGUGAGACACUUUUUGGCAAAAAUGCAUGGAAACCCUUUGGGUCCUAUGCUAAGAAAGUUUCCAAUCGCGUACAUUGGGCGGUCAUUCAUGCUCAGCACUCCUUGGUAGGAGCCAAUGAGCUCCCACCAAGUCCGUCGACAACAACAUUGAAGGGUCUUUCAGAACUUGAUAGAGAAUUAGCUGUUGAUAUGAUUAUUGAUUGGACCCUGGAUACUGACCCUCCUGUUAGAGUCAUGCCCAUAGACACACAAGUGUCUUUCUCUAGCAAUAAGACGUACUGGCUCGUUGGUUUGAGUGGUGGACUUGGUCUCUCAACAUGCGACUGGCUCAUCCAGCACGGGGCCAGAUACGUCGUAAUAUCUAGCCGCAAUCCGAAUAUUGACCAAGCUUGGCUAGAUGAGGCACGGUCUCUAGGCGCGGUUAUCAAGAUAGCUUCUUGCGACAUUACUAAUAGGCAUGAAGUAUUGACUCUUCAUAAUGAUAUUUGUUCAACCAUGCCGCCGAUUGCGGGCGUUGCUCAAGGCGCAAUGGUGUUGGAGGAUACGCCUAUACGAAACAUGAGCCUAGAUGACCUACUAAAGGUCACCAAGCCUAAAGUGCAAGGUAGCGUUCAUUUGAACGAUCUUUUCCAGGGCGAUACAUUAGACUUCUUCAUAUUCUUCUCCUCGGCAACUUCGAUCAUUGGGAAUCCUGGCCAGGCGAAUUAUUCCGCUGCCAAUUUGUUUAUGUCUAGCUUGGCAGAACAACGUCGGCGUCGCGGGUUGGCCGCCUCUAUUAUAAACAUCGGCCCUAUCUUCGGAGUUGGCUACAUCGCCCAAGUUACAGAUGAUAGCAGAUUCCGCAAAAAUACCAUCAAAUCUGGAGGGUAUCUUCGCACUUCCGAAUCUGAUUUUCACCAAUUACUUGCAGAAGCCGUGGUAGCAAGUCGGCCGAACCCAUCUAUGCCAACAGAGCUCGUAAGUGGCAUCAGAAGCGUGAACCCACAAGAGCGCGACCAGCCUAUGUGGGAAUCUGAGCCACUUAUGAGCCAUUUCGUGCGAAAUCAAGAACAUAUUGGCAAUGCUGAAACCAAUUCCAAUUCUACAUCUUCGUUUAAAUCGCGUCUUGCGGAAGCUGAGACGGAAGAUGCGAUUUAUAGUAUUAUCGAAGAUGCAUUCCGAGUGAAAGUCCUAACGUUAUUCCAACUCGAUCCUCUAGGAGGCGUCGAAAAUAAUCUCAUUGGUAUGCGCCUAGACCAAAUGGGCAUCGACUCACUUUCGGCCGUCGAAAUUCGCAGCUGGUUCCUAAAGGCGUUAGAGGUGAACAUCCCUGUCCUCAAGAUACUCAACGGCGCUACUGUGGGAGAAUUGAUCGCCAUAGCGACAGAGAAGAUCCCAUCACGAUUAGUCCCAUCCAGAAAGGUUGAGUAUUCGCUACAGGAAGUUGGUUCAGAAGACACUUCCGGUAGGAUAGAUGAUAUCGAUACACCCAGCACGCCUCUCAGUGCGGCCAGUACUUAUGAUGAGAAAGAAUCAUUAACUACUGAUCAACAAUCAGAGCAUAUGAAAGGCAGCCUUUCACCUUAUAGUCAGACUAGCUCUUCCCCUCGACGAUCAUUCCCAUUAUCAUAUAGCCAGGAAUUGUUCUGGUUCGUUUGGGCGUCCAUGGAAGAUAAAACAAGUAUCAACCAUACUGGACUGGCUAAGGUGACGGGCAGGAUAGAUGUUGCGCGGCUGCAAGAAGCGGCCCAUAUUGUAGGACUGCAGCAUGAAUCCCUCAGGACAAGUUUCUUCGAGGAGGACGGUAAACCGAUGCAGCGAGUCUUAAACCAAUGCACUCUACACCUAGAGCAUCAAGUGAUACGCGAAGACAGCGAGGCAUCCGAGAUAGCAAAAUCGCUCCGUGAACACGUCUUCGAUGUGUAUCGAGGGGAGGCAAUGCGCUUGUUGCUACUAUCUCGCUCGGAAACUAAACACUUCCUUGUGUUUUGUGUUCAUUCCCUAGCGAUGGAUGGCACUUCCUUCCAAGUUUUCCUAGCGGAGCUUAUGAGAUACUACACAUACCCGAAUUUACAACGAAAUGCAAGACAGGCCUUGGACUACUUCGAGGAUCAACAUAUUCAGGUUGCUGCAGGUGCAUUCGAGAGCGAGUUGCAAUUCUGGAAGACCGAGCUCGCCGAGCUACCUCCACCACUACCGAUCCUCAGCUUGUCAAAAUUAGUGUCGCGGCCGAUUUCAACAGCCUAUGCGAACGAACGAAUUAUGUUUAGGAUCGGUAUAGACACUAAGAGGAAAAUACAAGACGUAUGUCGUCGCUACGGAGUAACACCUUUUCACUUUUAUUUAGCGGCUUUCCGAGCCCUUCUAUCAAGAUACGCCAGUGAUGCGGAAGACAUCUCGAUCGGAAUUGCCGACGCCAACCGUUCCGACGAUGAAAUGAUGGAGGUUAUCGGUACCUUCGUGAACUUGCUUCCUAUCCGCCUUCGUUCCAAAUCGUCCACAAAGUUUGAGAAUCUGUUGAAAGAUGCACGGCGCAAGACAUACGAUGCACUGGCAAACUCCAAGCUUCCAUUUACGGCCCUCCUAAACGAAUUGAAUGUCCCACGGUCCGCAACAUGUACUCCUAUAUUCCAAUGCUUCGUUGAUUACAGACAAGGUCAGCAGGAGAAGGUCAAUUGGGGCGACACCCAACUUCAGUGGCUCGACUUUGAAAAUCCGAAAAUGCCCUAUGACGUUGCCCUCGACAUAAUUGAUAGCCCGAAUGAUGAGUGCGUCCAUAUACUUCAAGUGCGGAAAGACAUUUACGGUAGCUCUGGAGCAGAGUGGCUCUCGAAGAGCUACAAGCAUCUAGUAGAUGCCUUCGCUGCAGAUCCUUGUGUAUCUCUAGAUACGCCGCAGAUCUUCGACCCUUCAGAUUCUCAAGAUGCUCUUCAAUUUAGCAAAGGCCCAUCGUACAAUUCAUUGUGGCCAGAGACAGUAAUCCAUAGGAUCGACCAGAUGGUGCAAGAGAGAGCACAUGAACCUGCAGUACGGCAAUGUAAUCAAGUGCAACACACAUAUCAGGACGUGUCAAGAGUCGCGAGUGCGAUAUCUAUUGCAUUGCAAGCUACUGGUGUCACCCCCGGCUCUCCAAUUGCAGUUUUACAAGAACCGACUGCUCAUUGGAUUUCCUCUAUCCUUGGGAUAUUUCGUGUCGGCGCAGUAUAUCUGCCCCUUGAUUUGAACCUACCAUGGCGCCGCCUUCAGGACAUGGUAAAGAACUGCCAGGCCCCGGUCAUUCUCGUAGAUGAGCAUACUCGGCAGUACGCAAGGAAGUUAGGGUUCUCAGAUAUUCGGACUAUUGACGUAUCAGCUCUCCUCCCAACUGAUGUCGAAAUACCGAUCGAGGCCACCCCUGAUGGAUUAGCUGCUAUAAUGUAUACCAGCGGGUCUUCAGGUACCCCGAAAGGCAUCAUGUUGAAGCACCAGGGUCUGAAGACAUGGACUGAAGACAUUCUUCAACUUUGCGAUCUGGGGGCUGAAAGAGUUUUGCAACAAACAUCGCCAACGUUUGAUAUGUCGCUUCUUCAAAUUCUACUACCCCUCUGCAACGGAGGUAGUAUUUCACUUGUCCCAAGACAAGCCCGUGGAGACGCCUGCGCUAUCUCGAAGUUAAUGGCCGAGCACGAAAUUACCUUGACUGGUGGGACACCAUCCGAAUAUUCGUCUUGGAUGAACUAUGGCAAACGCGAGCUCCUCCUCUGCACCAAAUGGAGGACGGCUAUUAGUGGCGGCGAAGCUGUUUCCGGGGUGCUUUUAGGGCAAUUGGCGUCUCUAGAACACAUAGGCCCACGAUUUUACAACUGCUACGGCCCCACGGAGACUUCGCUUUGUGCGACGUGCAUACAAAUCCCUUACGCAGGCCCUCAUAUAUCUGGCUUUUCCGAAUCCAUUAGUGUCGGCUGUCCGUUGCCUGGUUACUCGAUUUAUGUAGUUGACAGAGACAUGCGUCCAGUUCCUGUAGGCAUACAGGGCGAGAUUUACAUCGGCGGACUUGGUGUCGGCGGUGGAUAUAUUAAUCAGCCCAGCUUGACAGCUGAGAAAUUCGUCCCUGACAUAUUUGCUACUCCCGAUGAGCAUGAGAAAGGUUGGACCACCCUUCAUCGCACGGGCGAUGUUGGUCGAUGGCAAGAGAACGGUACCUUACUCGUGGAAGGUCGUAUAAUCGGAGAUAACCAAGUCAAAUUACGUGGCUUGCGCAUAGAUCUCGGUGAGGUUGAGCGAGGAGUUGCCCUUGCCGCCGAAGGGAUUGUCGCCGAAACGGUGGUAACGACAAGGCGAUCGUCGCCUUCGAGCCCGGAAUUUCUUGUAGCCCACGUGGUAUUAAGGCAAAGACAUGGAGUGAAUACCCCCAGUAAUAACGACGUAAACCUGAUUAACGAGCGGCUCACCACCUACCUACCUCAAUAUAUGUGCCCAGCUGCCAUUAUACCCAUACCAAGCCUCCCGAAAACGAAUUCGGCGAAAAUUGACAGAAGGGCCGUGAAAGCACUACCUCUUCCGGAGAUUACAGAGAUUCCGACGACUGGUAAUAUGGAGAUAAUCGAUGCAAUGACGGACCUAGAAAAACGCGUCAAAGUCAUAUGGCAAGAGGUCAUCUCCAGUCCGAUCUCCAGCCUACACGGCCCUAUCAUUGCAGAGACGGACUUUUUCCAAAUAGGAGGCAAUUCGCUACUACUCCUCGGCCUACAGAAGAAAAUCCGAGAGACUUUUUCCGUCGAGAUUCCAAUCAUACGCAUGUUUGGGUGCAGCAAGCUGGGUGACAUGGCAAGUUGGAUUUACAAUCACAACAAGCAACCGAACCAAAUACUCGACACCACCACUCAAUCCCCGACUUUGAUCGAUUGGGAAGAAGAGACCAGUCUACCUCCAGCCCUAUUAGAUACAGUACCACCUCGGCCAAAAGAACUUGGUGACCUAAGAGUUGUCAUAAUCACGGGCGCAACCGGAUCUUUGGGUCGCAGUAUCUUAGAAGCGCUAAUUGCGCAUCCACAAAUCGAGCGGGUGCACUGUAUCGCAGUUCGAAGCGUCGUGGGCCGUCACGACAUCUUGAAUUCAGAGAAAAUCUUCCUCCACGAAGGCGAUCUUGCUUUUCCGCGAUUAGGAUUGCCGGAAGAAACCGCAGAGCACAUCUUUAGUGAAGCGGACGCAAUCAUCCACAAUGGUGCGGAUAUGUCGUAUGCGAAGACUUACGAUUCGCUUCGCGCAUGCAAUUUACAGUCUACGAAGGAGCUAGCGAGGAUGAGUUCGCGGUAUAGGAUACCUUUCCAUUAUAUAUCUACGUUGUCCGUCGGACACGUCAUUGCGGAUGCCAAAGCUGCCACAAAUGUUGUGGACGUGCGCCACCAGGACGACGGAAAGGACGAAAGAUUUGUCUUCGGUCCCGUUUCAGUGGCUGCCUACACGCCAGUAAAUGUACCUUCGACCGCGAACCGCUCUGUAAACGUUGCGCAGGGGUAUAUCGCGUCUAAGUGGGCUAGCGAACGCUUUCUCGAGCGCAUUCAUGAACGGUUUUCUGACUGGCCGAUUUACAUACAUCGUCCGAGCCUGAUCGCCCGCGAGGAAACCGAGGCUGCGGGUUCUAAUGAGUCACCCGGCUUAGCGCUUGUGCAGAACGUGCGCCACUUCGCAUCCUUAUUACGAGCUGUUCCAGUCGUGCCAGGCGGAAGAGUAAAAGGAUCGUUCAAUUUAGUCUCAUCCGGUGUGGUUGUCAAGGGGAUCAUGGAUGCUCUGGCGGAGAGUAGAGAGCCGGGGGGAGUGAGGUUUCUUCAUUAUGUUGGCGAGAUAGAACUGCCAUUGGAUGAUCCGAGGAAGUGGGCGCUUGAGGAUACGCGUGAUGGCCAGCGGGGAGAGGCUGAGGAAUUGUCUCUUGGCGAUUGGACGCGGAGGGCAAGGGAUUUGGGUAUGCAUGCUGCGAUGGCGGCGAUGCUGGAGGAUUUCGGUGCUGCGUCUGGGGGUAUUGCUGUGCCGAGGGUGGCGGGUGGGAGAGGAUAGGAUAAGUUCUUUUCUGUUAUGUUUUUGUUGGGUGUGGAGUUUAAGGAUAUGGGAAUGUGAAAUGUUUAUAUCUUUCUGAUUAUUGAUCAAAUUAGUUGAAUGGAAUGUCUUAUUGAUCUUCUA